CCGGGAACAGAGGUGCGGAGCGAGGGAAUUGGUCGGCGAGAGCGGCGAGGAAGAAGGCCGCCGGAGGUUUUGAGGAAGGGAAGGCGGAUUGGGAGCUGAGGAUUUUCGCGGAUUUUCAACGGCUUAUCUAUUAUUUUUUUUUUUAGUUUUUGGAAGGCAUUGAUUCCUGCUUUAUUGAUUUGUGCUUGGAACAGAGAAAAAGUGAGAUCGGAUGAUUCGUUGAGGUAAUUUGGUGGAGGGGAGGGAUUAGACGGAGGCAUUUGGGAUCUUGUUAGAAGUGUUGUGGUAUUCUGGUUCUUUGGUUUUGCGGUGUAUGGUUUCUGGAUCUGGUGGGAUACAGGGAUUUGUUUGAUUGAACACCGAUCCUGGGUUUGGCCAACUUGUUAUCGGAAGCUGGUCGUCUAUGGCAGGGAUGCCAGGCACGGCUUUCAGGGUUCAGAAUGAGUGCGUGGGCGUCCCUUUGAUUGCGUAUAGGAAGAAGGGUGGUUAUCGCGGGCCCCGUACGGAGAGAUGCUCCUUUAUGAGGCAGUGCCCUGGGGUUUUUUUGGAAAGUAAACUGUUAGGAUCGAAGUUGCGGGCUUCCGAGCGGGUUCAGCGCUGGUGGACAGAUGGGCCGGGGCGUUCCCCUAUGCUUAAGGUGGUGUCGGCGACUAUGUCACUGUCUCAAGUGCCGGAGAAGCCGCUGGGUCUAUACGAUGCAUCUUUUGAUAAGGAUUCUUGCGGUGUCGGCUUUGUUGCGGAGCUUUCCGGCGAGUACAAACGGGAAACGGUUGCCGAUGCCUUGGAGAUGUUGGUUAGGAUGGCACACAGGGGAGCGUGCGGUUGUGAGGUCAACACCGGUGACGGGGCAGGCAUCCUUGUAGCGCUUCCGCAUGAUUUUUACAAGGAGGUAGCCAGGGAUCUUGGAUUUGAUUUGCCGCCACCUGACCAAUAUGCGGUUGGCAUGUUUUUCCUGCCUACUGAUCCAGGUCGUCGUGAGGAAAGCAAGGCUGUAUUUACCCAGGUAACUUUGAAUAAUAACAGCUGUAGUCAGUAUGAAAGAUGCUUUUUCGGUACCUUUAAAGCAGUUUAAUAAUUUUUUUUU